CGUCAAGGUCCAUUGCUUUCCUCCUGCACCUGCGUCAUUGCAGUGGCACCCUGCCUUUUCACUGACUGAACUCGCUGUUUGAUCCAGGAGGCAUCACUACGAGCUCGUCUUUGUCAUGUCCGGCCGAAAAGAUUUCUUGAGCCAACCGGCUCCCGAGAAUUAUGUAGCGGGUCUUGGCCGUGGUGCCACGGGCUUCACUACACGAUCUGAUCUUGGUCCGGCGCGGGAUGGCCCAAGUGAGGAGCAGAUUAAGGAAGCGCUCGCGCGAAGAGCAGCUGCAUUAGGACAAGCACCGCCUACUGCCUAUGGAGCCCCUGCCCAGAAGGAGGACGAGGAGGACGAUGAACGAUAUCAGGAUCCGGAGAAUGAAGUUGGGCUUUUCGCAGGAGGGGUUUACGAUCGUGAUGAUGACGAGGCAGAUAGAAUAUACCAGGAGGUUGAUGAGAAAAUGGACAAGCGGCGCAGGGCUAAAAGGGAAGCGCGAGAAGAAAAGGAAAGAGAGGAAUAUGAACGCAACAACCCGAAGAUUCAGCAACAAUUUUCCGAUCUAAAGCGCGCACUAGGCAGCGUGACCGACGAAGAAUGGGCGAGUAUUCCUGAAGUGGGAGACCUCACGGGAAAGAACCGACGCGCAAAACAGAACAUCCGCCAACGCUUCUAUGCAGUUCCAGACAGCGUCAUUGCCGGGGCCAGAGACUCUGCACAAUUUGAUUCGACCGUGAGCGAGGACGGGACACAGAGUAGUUCUGCGGGAGCGGACACUGCGGACGGAACCAUGACCAAUUUUGCGGAUAUUGGUGCGGCGAGAAACAAGGUGCUCCAAGUUCGUCUUGACCAGACCGCGCAUGGGUCAGGGACAGACUCGGUCGCUGGUAGCGCUACCAACAUUGACCCAAAGGGCUACUUGACGAGUUUGACAAAGUCAGAGAUGAAAUCUGGAGACGUACAAGUUGGCGACGUCAAGCGUGUUCGAGUUCUCUUAGAGUCCGUCAUCAAGACAAAUCCAAAGCACGCACCGGGUUGGAUCGCUGCUGCGCGUCUGGAGGAGGUAGCCGGGAAAAUCGUCGCAGCAAGGAACGUCAUUGCUCGUGGUUGCGAGCAUUGCCCAAAGAGCGAGGACGCGUGGUUAGAAAACAUCCGGCUAAACGACAACCAAAACGCCAAGAUUAUCGCUGCCAAUGCCAUCAAGAACAAUGACAGAUCUGUUCGGCUAUGGAUUGAGGCCAUGAAUCUGGAACAUGAUCCUCGUGCCAAGAAGCGAGUGCUGCGACAUGCGCUCGACUCUAUCCCCCAGUCGGUAGCGCUCUGGAAGGAGGCAGUAAAUCUCGAAGAAGACCCGGCUGAUGCACGAUUACUUCUUGCCAAAGCAACCGAAAUAAUUCCCCUCUCAGUCGAACUCUGGCUUGCCCUAGCUCGUCUUGAGAGUCCUCAGAAUGCGCAGGUCAUUCUAAACAAGGCGCGAAAAGCCGUUCCAACCAGCUACGAAAUCUGGAUUGCUGCUGCUCGACUGCAAGAGCAAAUGGGCGCCGCCGACAAGGUCAAUGUCAUGAAACGUGCUGUGCAAUCGCUCGUCAAGGAAUCCGCCAUGCUGAAGCGCGAAGAAUGGAUCACCGAAGCUGAAAAAUGCGAAGACGAAGGCGCCGUUCUUACAUGCCAAGCCAUCAUCCGGGAAACUCUCGGAUGGGGUCUCGACGAAGAUGACGACCGCAAGGAAAUCUGGAUGGACGACGCCAAAUCCAGUAUCGGCCGCGCCAAGUACGAAACCGCACGCGCCAUCUACGCUUAUGCCUUGCGGGUGUUUGUCAACAGGAAAUCCAUCUGGCAUGCCGCUGCCGACCUCGAGCGCAAUCAUGGCACCAAAGAAUCUGUCCUUGCCGUGCUCGAAAAAGCCGUCGAGGCUUGCCCUCAGAGCGAAGUGCUCUGGAUGCAACUCGCCAAGGAAAACUGGCAAGCCGGCCGCAUCGAUGAUGCCCGACGUGUGCUCGGAAAAGCAUUUAACCAAAAUCCCAACAACGAAGACAUUUGGCUUGCAGCCGUCAAGCUCGAAGCGGACAACAAGCAGAUUGAACAAGCGCGCGAGCUACUCUCCACCGCCCGCCGCGAAGCCGGCACCGACCGCGUCUGGAUCAAGAGCGUCGCAUAUGAGCGGCAACUCGGCAACACAGACGCCGCGCUUGACCUCGUCAACCAGGGCCUCCAGAUCUUCCCCAACGCGGCCAAGCUCUGGAUGAUGAAAGGCCAGAUCUACGAAGCAGAAAACAAACUCCCUCAGGCGCGAGAAGCAUAUGGUACUGGCACUCGCGCCUGCCCCAAGUCUGUCCCACUCUGGCUACUUGCGUCCCGGCUCGAGGAAAAGGCCGGCGUGGUCGUCAAGGCGCGGUCUGUACUUGACCGUGCUCGACUCGCUGUGCCCAAGAAUGCAGAACUCUGGACUGAAAGCGUCCGCAUUGAGCGCCGUGGAGGAUACAACACCCAAGCGAAAAUCGUCAUGGCCAGAGCCCUCCAGGAAGUGCCCGCCUCGGGCUUACUCUGGAGCGAGAGCAUCUGGCAUCUCGAACCCCGCACGCAUCGCAAGCCUCGCAGUCUCGAAGCAAUCAAGAAGGUCGACAAUGAUCCCCUCCUCUUCGUGACUGUGGCCAGAAUCUUCUGGGGUGAGCGCAGACUCGAAAAAGCCUCAAGUUGGUUUGAAAAGGCCAUCCUGCUCGAUGCCGAUCUCGGUGAUACCUGGGCGUGGUAUUACAAGUUUUUGUUGCAGCAUGGUACUGAGGAGAAAAAAGAAGACGUCAUUUCCAAAUGUAUCCUCAGCGAACCCAAACACGGCGAAGUCUGGCAGCGCGUCGCCAAAGAUCCUCGCAACGCAUUCAAACUCGUCGACGAGAUUCUGCAAUUGGUCGUCAAAGAGCUUGAGUGAUUCAUGAUCGUUGAUCUGUAAAUAUCCUCAUCUCCAGCCGGGCCUUUUCUUUUUUCCCCCCCCCCCCUUCUUCUCUUUCCCCCUCUCUUCUCCCUCUCUCUUUCUCCAUCUAUCUCUAUCCCUCCCUUUUCUUCAAUCUAUUUCAAUAGGCCCCUUUAUUACUUCACGCAUUCUCUCUCUCUUCUUCAAUCUAUUUAAAUAGCUCAUCUUAAGAACUCAUCUUAUCGGCGCAACAAUGCUAGGCUUUUUUUAAAGAAGGGCAGGCGAUUUAUUCAGGGCACGGGUCGGUAUGGCGUUGGAGCACUUCUUUCUGAUUCUUUUUCUUUCAUUUUGGGAGAUGUAGGUAGAUGUUUGGCCAGAUAAUAUAGAUUGCUAUCAGCAAUAGUAUCAAUUCUUCAAAUACUUCCGAAAGAGAGAACGGGCUGUCUUUCACGAAUGCACGAUUUCAGUCUCGCAUUUCUCCAUCGAUGG